UGGGAACUUUUCCGUGGUGAUUGUCAAACUUACGCAUUCGUCGCCAAGAAACUAAUUGAAAAGGAUCCGUCUCUGGAGCAGCCAAUUCGGAUUGCUUUGAUUGAAUCUAUGGAAGAUCUCGAGAAGCAGGUCUACGAACAGGUUGAUGCAUAUCUUGAUACAAUAUGUGAUUAG